CACAGCCAGGAAAACUCCCCUGGUCUCAGAACACGCUGGAUGUUCAUAACUCACUGCUAUCAAUUAUUCAGAGAAUUCGAAGCCACAACUGGAUUUGGAAUAUCUAUCUUAACUGUGUACGACCUUGCUUUCAACUGACUGCUGUGGAACUUCCUUGUUACUGCUGCUGACGUGGAAUUCUGCUGUUUGGUCGAGACAAAGGUCAUUGUUGUAACAAUUGGCAGAGGUUUGGAAGCUAGCUUGGCAGGGUAUGAGUAAACUGUGUGUAGUUUGUUGAACUGAUAUUUGACCAAUCCUGCUCACACCAUCAUCUAAGGCAUAAUUGCAGUUUGUAGUUGUGCUACUUUUGUUGGAGGUGUAUCAGUGAUCUUAUGGCAGUCUCGAAAUUCUUCUUGCAUUUGAAGUUUGUUGCAUCUGCUGCUGCUGUCUUAUUAUCCUUGCACACUUGUUCAAGAAGAGAAUUGUGAGCCAGCCUCCGCUUCUACAUGGAGGAAAUUAAUCUGAGGCUGGAGAGAGAGUUCUAGCUGUGGGAAGCAGACGCCAUCAACCCAGAUCUGUCUGUCACCAUUGUUGACUGUCUUCUGAGUCGGGAACAUUUCCACAGAGCGCUGGUGUUUCCAUGGUUACCAGCAGGUGCCACUCCCAGCUCCAUCUGUUGGAAGAAGGAGCUGUUUCUGGCGAUUCUUUGGGUUCUGCUGACUCCAACUACAGCCAGCCUUCCUCCGACCUCUCCCUGGAUGAAGAACGGGAGACACUGCGGCGAGAGACGGAGCGACAAGCACUGGCCCAACUGGAAAAAGCCAAAACCAAGCCAGUAGCAUUUGCCGUGAGAACCAAUGUGUCUUACGAUGGGUCCCUGGAUGAUGACUCGCCUGUCCAUGGGUACGCUGUGUCUUUUGGGGUCAAGGACUUCCUCCAUAUCAAAGAGAAAUUCAAUAAUGACUGGUGGAUAGGGCGUUUAGUGAAGGAGGGAUGCGAUGUUCGCUUCAUCCCCAGUCCAGCCAAGCUGGAGAACCUCAAGCUGCAGCCAGGCGGAGGUGGGCGCACAGGAAAACUCUACACAAGAAACAAAGAAGGAAAAAAGACCCCAGAUGUGCAGGAAGGACCGACUCCUCCCAUACCAAAUAUAGCAACACUGCCCCCAGGUUCUUUGUUAACCUUGACCAAGCAGAUUCUUGAGAAGGCAAAUACGCCAGACUCUUACCCUUCUUCACCACCACCAUUGGGCAAAACCAACUCUUCCUCUAACAUUGACAACCUGCUCGCCAACUCCAAGUCUUCGAACUCACGUGGGUCCACACCACCUACCCCAGGUUUAGAAGAUCAGAAUGGCUUGGACAGCAACCUUGGAGAGGACAGCGACAGUCUUGGUAAAACCAGCAAAGCCAACAUUACACCACCGGCAAAGGAAAAACGAAAACCUUUCUUUAAAAAGUCUGAAAGCAUUCCUCCAUAUGAAGUUGUGCCUUCAAUGAGGCCUGUCGUGCUGAUUGGGCCUUCCCUGAAAGGAUAUGAGGUGACGGACAUGAUGCAGAAGGCACUGUUUGAUUAUCUCAAACACAAGUUUGAGGGAAGGAUAAUCAUCACUCGUGUGACAGCUGACAUUUCACUGGCUAAGCGUUCACUUCUCAACAACCCCAGCAAGAGAGCAAUCAUGGAGAGGGCAAACAGUCGGGCUGCUGGGCUAGCUGAAGUACAAGCUGAGAUUGAGCGGAUAUUUGAACUGGCACGAACCCUUCAACUGGUUGUGUUGGACUGUGACACGAUUAACCAUCCAUCUCAGUUGGCAAAAACAUCUUUAGCUCCAAUUAUUGUUUAUGUCAAAAUUUCAUCACCAAAGGUACUACAGCGAUUAGUCAAGUCAAGAGGUAAAUCCCAGAGUAGGAAUAUGAAUGUUCAACUAGUGGCUGCUGACAAGUUGGCGCAAUGUAGUCCCGAAAUGUUUGAUGUGAUUCUGGAUGAAAACCAGCUGGAUGAUGCAUGUGAUCAUCUGGCUGAGUUUCUGGAAGCUUACUGGCGUGCCACCCAUCCUCCCACCCUCACCCCUGCCUCCCCCUCUCACCCCCACAGGACUAUGCCCCAGUCCCCCACGGGACCCCUGUCCAGGCACAACACAGUGCCUGCAGGUGUCUCACACAGUCGUUCAGGCAGUCUGGAGCGCCACCGGCGACCAGCAUCACCAGAACGUCGCCAUGAGCACGACCGAGAUGCCAGGUUACGGGAUGUUCACGACUAUGACCGUGACUACCAGUCACGUGACUAUGACACGAGGGGGGGCAGGGAUUACGGAAGGGGAGACCCUCGUGACCAACGUUCUCACGACUAUGAUUCACGGAGACACGCUCGGGAUUAUGAGCACCAUAUAGACUCGCGAGAUAAACUCCAUAGCUCUCCGCGGAAUAAAAAUUACCCGCCUUUGCGUCAGGGAAGUAUAGACAUCUAGCAUUGGAUUUGUGCAAUUUCUGAUGGAGUUGGUUCUUGGAGUAUCCAACUACUGGUUGUUUGUUUAUGGAUUACCACAUUUUAAUGUGAUGCAAUCUGUUUUCUCUCCUUUGUCAAACUUGAUAUCUUGUGGGAGCGGCUGUGUGACUUACACCAGGAAGGACCCAGGAUUAUUCCAGCAAACCUUCGUGGAGUGGAGUGACCUUUUACCUUUGGAGUGUAAAUUGCAUAUUGCAAGCUCGACGUCACCACUUGUUGUGCAUAAUGAACUGUGUACGUACUUUGGUACUCUGCAGCCAAAGUGGUUUAUUUGAAAAAAAAGUUUUUGCUCAAAUCUCUUUAGCUCUGUACACUUGUGUGUUAUGGGAAAGUUUGUGAGCUCACAAUUUUUAGCUCCAGAAAUGGGGAACUUUCUAAUUUCAUUUGUUUUCUUAAUGUUUUAGAGUGCUUGAAAUUUGAAAAGAUCUUUUCGUAUAAGAAGCAUUGCAUCAAAUGUUUUCAUUGGACAAGUGAGAUGUACCAGUUCUAUACUCCAACAUCCACACAAGACUUUGUGAAAGUCUGUCAUUUUAAAACAUUUGAUCUCUUCGCAUUAAUUGCAUUUGAAGCAUCUCUCCAUAUGAAAGUUUUGUAUAAUCUUGAAAUAACCUCUUACUCCUGUUAAGUGCUAUGCUUCAAGGGAUCAUUUCAAAACCAAAAAAAAAUGCCACAUUUAAUGGCUAGGGCAAAGAAUGUUAUUAUAAUGUAUUUUUGUGAUUUCAAUUGUUUCCAGUUUGUUCAUAGAAGUUUAAAUCUCAAUUUAUCCAAAUAGAUUCUUAAUUCCCAAAUCUCUUUAGCCUAGUCCUUUUUUCUGCAGAGAGUUUCCAUAGAUAUACUAUUUUCUUUUGAACUGAAUUGUUAUAUGCUAUACCUGAAUCAGGGCAUAAGCUGCCAGUGGAACUCCUUCAGAUGCUCCCUCAUGAAUAUUAAUGAAGUUAAUGACCAAAGAUAAGAGAAUUGUGUCAAUGGUUUCACAAAAUCUUGUUCUAGUAGAUUUUCGAUUCAGUAAGGAAUCAGCCCAGAGAAUCGUCUGGUUUGAUUUCUCUGAUGCAGAAAAGGAUUAUUAUGGAAAAGAGAUUUGGAUGUAGGUGUAUCAUAUUUCCAGAAAGUUUUCUUUUCUUAUUUGUUUACAUUACUUAGUUCUGAAGAAUUUUGUGCACUGGUAGAGGUUUAAAUCUGAUCAAGACAAUGAAUUUGUUGUAUAUUUGCUCUGAAGUUGUUCCAUAAUAUUUAUGCAGCACUUACGGACUUAACUCGGGUUACUAAUGAGAAUCAAGCUUGAUUAGGCUUUCUUUAUAGUUUCACAUUAUUUGAAAGAGGUUGGAGUUUUCCAGGAAUGUUUUUGCUGAGUAAAGGUUUGUAUUCGUGACAAUUCAAGGUUAUCAGAAUGUGUUAAGUUCCUAAAAUUAACAUUUUUGUGUGGAUGUACUUAAUUUCCUGACUGAUGGUUGUCAGCAGUAGGAUGAAAGAGUAAAACUGAUAUUAUUCCUGAAUUGGUACGGAUCAAGUAGGCAUUGUCAAAUAUUUUCUAAGUGUAACUGGUAGUUUUGAAAGCACACCAACAUCCCUACUGAUGGAAACAUAGAUUAUUUAAAAAAUAACAUGAGGCACAUGGUGAUACACAUCACAGGGUUAGACUUGAAUGUACUUGAUAAGUCAGUACUAUUUCUAUCAGCUCAAAAUGAUGAUAUUAAUUGGUUUGUAUUUAUGAAUAUGUAAAUUGUUUAAUUUAAUGAUCUAUUCCAAGCUGUUCAGGACCAAAUGAUGCGCACAAGAAACUUAGGAAAUCUUACUCAAGCUUAACAUGAGUUUUGUGUUCUUUGUUUCUCUUCCAUAUAUUUAUCUGAGGUAGAUGCUCAGCUGUGCAGAUUGGUCAGCCUUGUGCAUGGCACCGAUUCCUCCAACAUCAGUCUCAGACUCCUGCACUCGGCCACUAUGAUGCACCAUAGUGUUUUUAUUCAACCUAGUAAUUAAUUCCUGCAAGACUUUUGGUGAUUACGCAAGAUGAGAAACAAUUGCAUUACUCAAUAUCUUUUUGCCGUGUCAUUAAAGAUGAACAAUUUUAUCACUCUGUUGAAAGAUAAUUCUGUAAUCAUAUACAUAGAUGUCUCCAUCACAGUAAAGUUCAUAGACACAGAUGAUAUUAAGAUUAAUUGGGUGCGGGCACCUAUUUUAAAACAUCAUUCUGUAUUUUUUCGCUAAUAAUAUACUUAAUAUGAGAAAAAUACUUGAUAAUCUCAUUGUUAUUACGUGUGAUAUUAUUCAAAAUUUGUGAUUAAAACAACCAUGACCUGAUGUCUCAAACUGCUUUUUCAUAUUGUAUGUAUCUCAUCUUCACAUAUUUAUUCCACAGUUUUUUUAUUUCUCCAUGCGUUUUGUGUGCUGACUUAUUUGCAUAAGGUGAUACGUGUAUUAUUUUCCCUUUGUUAUAGUGGCGAAACAUUUUUCACUUUUCACACCGGGUAUAUUAUUGAGAUGUAACCUGAUUUAUUACCACCUAUUUUUCAGUUGUGUAUGAAGCUCAACCAACAUACCUUGUUAAUUCCAUCAACAAUGUGUUUUCCCUCUCACUGAGUGGGAUGAUUAAGGUAUGACAUUCAGUGAUAGAAAUUCAAGGUUACUUAGUCAGAAUGACUGAUGAAAUCCUUUCGAAUGAACAGGUUCAGAGUUUAAAAUCUGCUCAUGAGAGCCAUGCAUUUACAUUACAGCUUGUGACAGAUGCCUCAGUUAAAGUCUGGGCAUGUGCAUGUGGAAAUUACCAGGUCUUUCAUAAUGAACAUUCUCUGUUCUAUCAAACACAAUAGAUGCUUUCAUUCUGGCUAAAGUUCAAUUUUAAGUAAAGACUAAUUUGCCCUUGUUUAAUGAAUAUUUCUAGUUACAAAACCUGAUAUUGUCAAGACAAAUUAUAUUAUGAUAAAUCAUAUCCUCAUUGUUUAUUACAAUGAGUGCUGAUCUUUCCUUGCAAUGUGAGAAUGCUGUCAGGCUGAGAGAACAUAGUAUUCAGUAUUUGUAUUGGAAUUAACUGGCCUCUGUUUUAUUUAUUUGCUAUCAAAGAGCAAAUGUUUUGUGCAAUCCUUAUACAUUUAUCUUGAAUAGUGCAAUAUUUUGUCGUGCUGCUUUUUGCACAUGGACCUUAUAACAUUAUUUAUGUAUUGUUUUCAUCCAUUAAGCCUCAAUUUCUCACACCCAUCUUGGUGUCUGUUUAGUCAACUUGCACCUCUCCACAUCACAUCAUGUUUGUUUGAAAGAUCUAGUCCUUUGUCAUCAUACAUGUGAUGUAAUCACUUUAGACAAUGCCAGUUCAGGGCUAUACUAUUACACUAUUUGACCCUGAUGAAGGGUUGUUAUGAAAUUGUGAUUACUCUGUCAUUGCUUGCAUAUAUUGGCCGUUUUACUGGUAAGAUAUAUAAAAUUAUACAUAUUAUAUUGAUAUGUAUCUCCAAUGGAUAUGUUUUUCCAAAUCAAUUAUGUAACCAUGAUAGCAUUUCAGAGUUUUCUCAAAUAUUUCCUCAAUUUGUCUUGCGCUAUGUGGAAUUCAAUUAAAAUUUCGGCACGGUUCUGUAAUUGUGUGAAGCAGCAAUCAGUAUCACAUGUAUCAGAUCAUGAAGAUCCUCAUUAUAACGACCCUGGUUGUUUGAAAAGAAUGUAUGCUUUCAUUCCGUUUCCAUUAUACAAACGACAUUGUUCAGAGUGUUUUGUUUGUUGACAGUUUCAUUCUUUAUAUCACCCAACAGGACAGACUAUAUACAUUUUCUAACACUAUAUUACCAAAUGUUUUUUUCCAUAACCAUUUGCCCAAGAGCUGCAGUGAUUUAUCAUAGAAUGUCAACUGAGACAUCCACCUCCCAAGAACCAAGGUAUCAUAGGACUGUUUUCAUUCUUUUUGCCUUUUGAUAUUUUUCUUAACUGAUUUGACAAUAUUGGAUUCCAUGGUUUCUAUUUAUUUUGCUCUAUGAAUUCACUGAUUUAUAUAAUGGAUGGGCCUUGUUUGUUUUUCCUUGUAUAUACUACAUGCCAGAGCCCAUACAUGUAUAUCAUCUUGGCUGCCGGUUGAUAUCUACUGUUCAGCUGUUGUCUCGAUGGGAGUGUGUUGUCUCGGGUUCAAAGAACUGGGAGAUUUGGCACUGUGUGAUGUGAGAUUUAGACACAGUUUUAAUGAACUAGCAAUAAGGCCAUGAUAACAAGAUAACCAGGUAUUUGCUUCCUGUCUCAAUCCAAUCUGUAUGUUUGUCUGCUCUGAAAUAUUUUCUUCUUCAAUAGUAACUAAACGAACAAUUUGGAUCAAAAUCUGGUAAUUGAGUUAUCAUGAUCUUGAAAAGACAGUUUUCAUUUUCACUUUAUCAAGCAUAUUGACUGCUUUGAUAAGACAUUUUUUGUUACUGAAUGCCCAGAAAUUAUUUUCCAAGGUGGGAGGAAGAAGCAGCAGUGUUUGAAUUUUUUGUGUGUGCAAGAUAUUAAUGUGCAAUGGAAGUUAGCUUCCAUUCUUGGAUGUACAAUACAUCUUCAGUGUCAUGAAAAUUGUCACCUUUGUUUAUGCCUGUGUUUUGUCAGAAACACAUUAUAUGAAAGUAACAUGCAACAUUUCUAUUCUACACUCAACAUAUAAACCCCCCUGGCACCUUUCUUCUUUAAAAAUUGUCUAAAAUAUAACCGAAAAUAUCCCAAAAUAUUAUGAAAAAAAACUCCAAUUGUUAAUAAUGAUAUCUUCAAGAAUUUGAAUUUCAUUUUGUCUGAGAUGGAUUCGGUGAAAAAUGCUGAAUUAUUAAUCAUUAAACCCUUAAACUAAUUUCUGCAUGGAAUUUCUCUUUACGUAAUAUAGUGGACAAAUUCACUUCUUGGUUGGUUCUAGAAAAACCUUUACUUACGCAAAGAAAGGAUUCCAUUGAUAAUUUAUUUCUAAAAAGUGUUGAAUAAUGUCUGUCCUUGCACAAGCACAUUUUACCUAAUUAAAUUCUUUGUUUUAUAUGAAAACAUUUCCUUCCCAGAUUUAAGUAACUAUUUUAUGCUGUACGUUUUCCGAUUUAGCAAGUGCCCCAUGGGUUCCUGAACACAAAGAAAAUAUGUUUGUAUAAAAGGGAUUUGGUCAUUUGCUGAACCUGACAGUAUCAUGAUGUCUAGUGUCAGGCUUAUCGUUCUGUCCACACCCAAAUACAUAAUACUUGUAUAUAUAACACAAACAUUACUGUGUUGUAGUUUCUUUGGAGCUUGAGUUCUGGCCAAUAACUAGAGCUUCCGAUAGGAUUCUGGUCAUGGUUACUGUUCUUGUGUCGGAGAAGCCCACCCAAAGUCUAGCUGUUCAUGCCACAAGCUCUCUUGUAGAUACAAACACUCAUACAGUAGAAUGUUCUUUGUAAUAUUCUGUGCAUAAUUGACUUUGAAACAAGUCAGUUGACUCUUUUUCAACUCUAGAAGCCUGAAUGUUUCUUUGCAAUACAAACACAAUGAUUUCCUCACACAACCUUACAACAUAGUAAUCCUGAUAUGAUGUCGCUGUUAGUCUGUUCCGACAUUUGCAUGCACUAUUGUUUAAUUCUCUAUAGAUAAGUCUUACUACUGCUGUAAGGCAAUGCCUGUACACCCUCUGUUUAUAAUUGCUGCCCGUGACCACCAUACCACAGUAGGCCGCCAUCAAGGGCAGAUAACUUCAGUAGGUGUGGGAAUGCAGCCAUGUGCAGUGAUGGAUCAGUGUUUAAGAUGGAAGUUCCAUUGCUGCAGUUACUGUCAUAGUGGUAUGAUUGUCAGUAUGUCAGACAGCCCUUCAGCAGCCUGGGUGAUGCAGCUGUCUGUAUGUCUCUGUGGGGACAGGCUACAUUACCCCAGCUACUUAUGUGCCAGGGCCAUGUCUAUAUUCACUGUCAAGCUUUAGCUUCUGUCUGAAUGCCAUUGACUGUUUCCCUUAUUGUGGCCACCGAACAGGCCAAUCUGGUUUUAUUUUCACCAUGUGACUCUUGUUGGAUUUGUAAAUAAAAUUUUUAUCUCCUA